UUUCGUCGUCGCUGUGAUAUCGGCACAAGCAUUCGUGGCUCAACUCGCCGAGAAGUUUGGUCUCGAAAUCGACAUCGUGCGAACCAGACAGGCCGAGAUCUUGGAGAAUUCUCAUGGUAGCCUCCCUUUUGGCCUGGCUGAGGACUCGUCGGCAGCGACGUUCUGCCCGAGUCCAGCCAAGACAUGACCACGCUUGAACAUCUGGAUUCCACAGCUGGAGGAGUACGGAUGGCUCCCAUGGUGAAAGCGAACUAGGUGACUGUUGCGAUAGGUCUAUCAGAUCGGCCAUUUCGAAGCUGGUUUCUCGUCACGACCAAGCAUAUCGAAUGGAAGCGUUGCAAGAUCGGGAGCUGGACAAAUCAUUUUGUCAAGGAACAUCAACACCACGUCAUGAACAAGAAGGUGCCACAAAAUAGACUUCGACUUGGGAUCGGAGUUUCGUGUCGGGUGGAACGGUUUGAGUUUGGGACCUGCAUCAUGCUGCCCUACCAAGAACUCUGAGGUGUUGUCAGCUUCAUCUCAUACAUCCCACAUAUCAUGUCUUUCUCAAACCUCGACAUGCUGGCCUGGCCAUAUUAACUGCCAUGAAGUCGUCGCGAUGGGGGAAGAUACCCGGGCAAACCCAAGACCCUUGGUGCUGCUUGCAGUACGUAAGCGUGGCCAAGUAGAUGCAUGUGACGCUAUCUUUGGGCGAAUGGCAGCGCCCAAAGCGGAAGACACAAAAUACAAGGGAGUCAAGGUUGCAGUGCCCCGCGAGGUUGUUGAAGCAUGAGGCCUGAGCGGUGUGGGCCUGAGGGGCAUGCGGGGGGUCGUAAGGGUCCUUCAGGGUUUCUUUCUUAGUGGAUCUGAGGGUAUCAACGGUCGUAAUGGCACGGAGUCUUGACGAACCUCGUUGCAUCUUGUGAAGCUCAAUCCUGAAAGUGACGAUAACAUGGCUCGGGAGCCCAGUCUUGGUUAGCAGCAGUGGACACUCACUGUGAGAGAGCUUGGCGCCGGAUGGCGAGAGCUCAUCCCUGCUCGGGAGCCUGCUGCUCAGGUGUUUCUCCAAUGGGACGGCGCCAACUGCGGGAGCGGUGGAGCUGUUAAGCGGGGGAGAUUGGAGAAGCUGCUGCGGUUCGCCAAACUGGAACCCCCACCUGAUUUCCAGCGAUAGAUCUGCCUGCCACUCACUUGAGUGAGGCGGCUUAUAACCAGCCUUUGGGAGAGAUAAUAGGCUGUGGUGCCGGUGUUUCUUGUCACCAGGACUUUUUUCCUCGUUGUCAUGCUCCGCUAAGAGGCGAGUGUUGACAUGCAAUAUCGACUGCCUCGGUGAGGUGAAGUCCAUAUGGCUCCAAUAUCUACACCGGGCAGCCGAGCCCAGAGCCCGGUCUCAGACCGCUCAGGCCAUAGCCACCAAAACAACAACAACAACAACAACAACAACAACAACAACAACAACAACGACGACGACGACCACGACGACCACGACGAGGACCCAGGUGCUUCUUCCGCGCGACUGGAACAUGAGGACGGGGCCAAAGACAACGACGUGGUGGUCACGCCGAAAGUUGAAUUUCAUCAGACAGAUGACCCUGCUCCGGACGGGUCUGGCAAUGCGGGCAUUGCCACCACCGAUAUACCCACUACAACACUGCCUUCACCAGCCAUUCCCACAUUAGACGACCUCCCAGGUUCCCUCUCCGCGCCGACAUUUACCACAUUUGUCUCACGAGAUUCCCAAAGAACAACCACCGCUGGUCCAGCAAAAAUGUUCUUUCUCGUUUCCCUGGCAAAAUUUGCCGCUUUUACAGAUGCCUUCCUCACGGGAUUACUUGUUCCGUUGGUUCCUACCAUUAUUGAAGAGAAGACAAAUGUCCCAUCAGCACAAAUCCAAGUGUGGAUUGCUGUGUUUCUCGCUGCAGCUGGCGGAACAGCCGCUGUGGUAUCCCCCUUGAUGCCCUUCGUAACUCGGCAAGGGCCUUUGACCUGGGUCAUUCUACUUGCAGGACUCGCAUUUGCUGGAGCCUCGUUUGCGCUGAUUCAGACUGCAACCAGCCUCCAGAUGCUGAUUGCCGCUCGAGCUCUCCAGGGUGUUUCUUCCGCGGCAACGACUGGUGCAUGUUCUGGCAUGUUGGCAACAGCAGUUGCCAUCAAUGACCGGGCACCAACUUUGUCUUGGGUUUCACCUGCCUUCAUUCAGGGACUGGCCUUGACCGGAGCACCUGCGCUCUCCGGUUUUCUCUACACGCAGCACAAGGGUCCAGAAGCCGUCUUCUACCUUGCGUAUGCUCUCAUCACCUUCACCUUUUUGCUGACAAUGAUCGCUGCCAUGAUCACUCCCAAGAUUGAACUCGGCCUUGCAGUCACCGACAUCGACCACGGUGCAGAACCCACUUCCGCAACAGAAACUCGCGGCUACGGCACCAUGAGUCCUGAACUCCAUAGGGCCACGCCCGCUAUUGCUAGCAGAAUGCGUUCAUCGAGAUCGAGAUCCCCACAUUCGGUAUCCUCCGUAAUGUCGAGUAGAAGUAGCGCUUCUACUAUCCUUUCAGAGCCAUCCACCUGGAGCUUUCGCCUCUUGGUGGCUGUGUAUGGCUACUUUGUCCUCAGCCUCCUGACGACUGCGCUUGCCACCGUACUCCCUCUCCGAAUAAUGCAAAAAUUUGGGUGGACAGAACUAGGGGCUGGGUUGAUGUUUGUGUGGCUGUCAGCCCCUGCCGCGGUGGUUGGAGUUUUGGCCGGAGCCUUUACUGCUCGAAUCCCUGGAUCAGCCCGUUGGUUGACAUCCAUUGGGUUUUUGGCGUCGGUUCCUGGUAUCUUGUCGCUUGUCUCGGCGACAGGACAGACCACGGAAGACAACCAUGGUAUUCUCACGAAUCCAUUACUGUUGACUCUCGCCGCCAUAUCUUUCGCCAUAGGACUGUGCGGAGAUCCAUUGAUCAAGGAGAUUACGCACGUAGUGGGACCUACGGCAGUCAACGACCCGUCAAGUGCAGCCGCCCAGGCAUCUAGUCUUCCAAAUAUCGCGGCUGCUUGGGGAGGCUUGGUCGGACCCCUAUUUGCUGGCGCCAUUACUUGGGUAUGGGGGUUCCAGAUCUUGGUUCAGUCUUUGGCACUUGUCGCCGCAACAACCGGUCUGCUGAGCGUCAUAUUUGUACAAGGCUGGCCUGGUAGUUCUGAUGUUGAUAUGGGUCGGCAUCGCGCACAACCUGCAACAGAUGAAGAAACAGCUCCUCUUCUGGUCAACGACCAUCAGGUUGCCGAGUUCUAUCCUGCUGGACGACCAGGUAUUUUGAGCAAAGGCAAGAAGAACAGGCCUUUUGCCGAGACUCCAGGCUCUCCUAGCGGCCGCAAGAAUCGCACCCACCGUCGGCACUUCAGUGUCGACAACUCCUCAAUUACAACGAUAACUGGAGCAGGAAGUGUUGAGGCGACGGGCGGUCAAGUCCGCCAAGUCCGCUUUCAGGCCUCUCUGGAGGACAGUCCGGAUGGGCUUGGGACGAAUCAGCCACCCACAAGGGAAAACAGCAAUCAAUCCAAUCCCGAACGUCGCUAUGUCAUGAGAGAGGCCCCUCACGCACCGACGACUGAUCCUCUCUUGGCCGCGGGCAGUAGGUACGUCAUUGACGAAGAGAGGUCAGUCGCUGCUGGUACCGAGAGACCGAAGCGCCAUGUGGUGGUGUUCGCUGAGGGGACAGCGCCACCAGAGCUGCUGGCACGUCAUCGGCACCACACCGUUGCGAUCAAUGCCUUGGACGGAACCACUCAAAUCGUAUCGAACAGCACCGAUAGUAACCAUGCCGUCUCGGUGACAGAGGACAAUGGGGAGGAUGCCGAGUUUUCCGAAGCUACUUCGACGCGGUAUGUGGUGGUUGUUGUGGACGAGGGUGAAGAUGAGAGCAGGUGA